GAUGGUCACACUGCGCUAAUCUUGGCUGCACAGGAGGGUCAAGUAAACGUAACUGAAAUUCUCCUUGAGAACGAGGCUGACGUUGAUGUCCGAACAGAUGAUGGCACCACUGCCCUUAUGUGUGCUGCGCUGCACGGUCACCUUGAAAUUGUCCACCGGCUACUGGAAAGGACGCCUGAUGUCGAGGGCACGGAUGACAAGGAUGGCUACACCGCCCUGCAGCUUGCUGCGCAAGAAGGGCAUUUGGAAAUAGUUAAAGCGCUCUACAACAGUGGUGCCAAUGUUGAUGUUCGGGGAAGGUAUGGCUGGACAGCACUGCUGAGCGCAGCAGAGAGAGGGCACACUGAAAUUGCAGCCUUUCUUCUUGCUCAAGGGGCAGACUUGAGGGUGCAUGACAUGAAGGGCUGGAAUGCUCUCAUGAUCGCUGCACGUGGAGGUCAUAUUGGAGUUGUGAGUGCUCUGCUGAACUAUAGAGCCAAUGUGGAGGCCCGUUGCAAGGAUGGUUGGACCGCCCUUAUGCUUGCAGCAGCAAAAGGGCAAGUUGAGGUGGUGCAAUGUCUGCUUUCACGAUGGGCGAAUUAUGACGCAAAUGACAAGGACGGAUGGACCGCACUGAUGAUAUCGGCGCAAGAGGGGCACCCUCAAGUUGUCAAUUUGCUCGUCGAGGCCGGUGCCAACGUCGAGGCGCAGAACAAGGAUGGCAUGACAGCCCUGAUGUAUGCUGCAUUGAAUGGGCAUCAGAAUGUCGCUGUUGCUCUCCUUAACAGGAACGCAGACACGGAGGCUAGGAGUGAGAGUGGAGGAACUGCCCUGAUUUAUGCUGCCAUGAGGAAUCAUACGCCAGUUGUGCAUGCUCUUAAUGAAUAUGGAGCCAAUCUUGAUGCUCCCGAUAAGCUUGGGGACACUCCACUCAUGUGUGCUGCUUUUGAAGGCCACCAGGAAGCUGUGGCCGCAUUGAUUGGACAUGGGGCAAAUGUCAAUGUGCAAAGACAGGAUGGUAGCACAGCCUUGACACUUGCGACACAAGAGGCCCAUGUCGAUAUUGUAAAACUACUGGUCGAGAAGAACGCCAAUGUAGAUUGGACAUUCAAGGGCGGCAGGACGGCACUUAUGCUUGCUGCCGGGAAGGGAAACCUUGAAAUUGCGAAGCUGCUCAUCGAUGGCAGGGCAAACAUGGAUAUGCAGAAUGAAGAUGGCGUGACGGCCCUCAUGUUCGCCAUAUUGACCAAGUCGAUCAAGAUCAUCAGCCUGCUGAUUUAUAGAGGGGCAUAUCUCGAGGCCCGGAACAAGAGUGGAUGGACAGUCCUCAUGCUGGCAGCUUCCAAGGGAUAUCUUGACGUUGUCACUAUGCUCCUGGGUGAGGGAGUUGACGUGGAUGCCCAGAAACAGGAUGGAGGAACUGCCCUCAUGAUUGCAGCUGCCCAAGGACAUGUGCACGUUGUGGCGACACUGCUGGAACAUGGCGCUGACUCACAGAUAAAGAACAAGGAGGGAAACACAGCGGCCCAUGAGUGUGCCAAGCGUGGGCAUGAUCGAGUGGUGGAAAUUCUGAUAGGAAAAAGGGCCGAGAAGGGCAGACAACCUCGCAGGCGCUCGGUUUCAAGCGCUCCUAGGACACGAAGGCCAUCGCUGGAGCUGCGCACCUGA